AUGUACUCAGCAAGCCACGAUGGACUUCCAAGCCAGUCACAGCACCACAGGAAGUUGACAGGCCACAUCCAAGCCGCCGCAGCCAUCAGCCCGAAACAGCGCUGUUGCGAAAGAAAGCAACAUAUUUGCUGCUGGCUGGACGCGAGCCUGACGGAAAUCAGGGCGCCCGAGUUCAGCUACAGCGAAUGCAGCACUCGUCCUGGCGGUGAUCAGCUUCAGUCGGGUAUGCCUAUGCCUUUCAGUAAGAACAAGUUUUUUCCUUUUUGCGUUGAAAUUUGUAAGCUCUACCGAGUGCGACUGUUCCUCUGCGGCAUUAUGAUGGUCGUUUUUGCCCUGGUCCUGCUCCUCGCUUCCAGCUUCGGGUUGACUUGGGCAGUGGUGGCCCUUCAUAAAGACACCAUGCUACGCGGCAAGUUGAUGGUCCGAAAACACUCCAGCGAUCCCAUUCAGCUGGGCAACAGCGAAUUCAUGGUGACGGACUCCGGCGCGCUCGUGGCCCGCAGCAGCCCUGUCUCCGCUGCGGGGGCCCCCGUGCUGGGUACCUACGGGCUGUACCUCACUCGCACCAUCAAUGCCAACAUGACAACUCGGCUGCUCAAUACCCUCACACGCGUUCAUGUGAGGCGGGAUCCGCCGGAGCAGCCGGAACUGUUAACAGGAUUCUGGAUCCGGAAAUCGGAUCCGGAUGCGGGAUGGGGGCCCAGCAGCGGCAAGCUGCACCGGGAACCAGCAGCCAGGGGUAUGGCGGACAGCUUGGGGGCCAGCAGGACUGUAUGGCUGCUUCUGGUGGCAGCAAUCAUGGUGUUGGUAGUAGUGGUAGUGGUAGUGGUAGUGGUGGGCGACAUAAGUAGCGGAGCGCCGGGUGGUGUCAAUGGCUCCAACGGGGGGCAAGUGGGGUUUCGUGUCACAGGGUUUGCCGUACUAGAGCCCCCCGGUACACCCCCCGAGCUCCACAUCAGCACUCCCACGGGUGUGUUGGUGCUGGUGGGCGACAAGCUGAGCAGCUACUCCGCCGCAGCGGGUCUUCUGGAUACGGACGAGUUGCAGGGGCAGACAACCAACACGAAUGCGGGUACAGACUUACGGAGCGGCGGUGCUGUGCUGUGGCAAGCGGCCUUCCCGUGUACGAGCGAACUAGCGAGCGAUGAGGCGCGUGCAUUGCGCACUUGGCUUUGUAAUUGUUUAAUGUUGCGGCAGCUGUACGGUCGUACUAUAGGAACACGAUUCCGCAUGCCAGUAAGUCUGUCCGCCCAGCUGGUAUGCGGCUCAUGCGGUGAAUGCCCCAACUCAACAAAUCUGCUGCUGCUGCUGCUGCUGCUGCCCGCAAACCGUGGUUCGUCGCCAACGACCCACCGCAUGAAAUGCCGCAUUCAUGAACGCUUCGUCACUUUCUUUUGGCCAGUGAUUGUGGUUCCACAUAAAAGGUAUCGCGAAAUAACUCCCUGCUCCCCCCCUCCCGCACCCCGGCGGGCUUGCCGUACAUGCUAG